AUGUUGUUACGCCGAGCUUUCAUGCCUCUAUUCCUGCGUUUCAAGCGUCACUGUUUGUCGAAGACCUCGGAAUUGGUCCUGGCUACAUCGCUUCGUGAUAUUGCACGCUUGGGUGCUCGUGUCAAAACGUUACAAUUGCACAAGUCCAACGAUUUGGUUUGUCGUCAGAUCAUGUGUGAGCACUUAAGUGACGCCUGCGCGUGCCGCUUGGCACUUGCCUUAGAGCGCGUGCCACAAUUGCAGUGUCUUGAUCUAUCUAAUAACAAGCUACGUACACUGCCUGAUGCCGUAUAUACACUGCAACAUUUAAAGACGCUGAAUGUGCAGCAAAAUCGAUUGACGACGUUGUCAACGGACGUGGAAAAGCUCACGGAGCUAGAAAUGCUCAACGUAUGCGAUAAUGAGCUGAAGACAUUGCCGGUGAAGCAGCUAGAGACGCUUGAGAAGCUCAAGACAUUGCAAGUAGUGGGAAAUUACGAUUUGAUACAAAAUCUCGAGAGGCUGAAUAUGUCGGAGCAAUUAAAGGCGAAGGUUGUACUGGUCAAGUAG